AUGAAGGGCGACAGAAUGCCAGUUAUACAGUCGCCAAUUGCACUUGCAAUUGGUGAAGACUACACAGAUCAAUGGUUAGAGUUCUUACUUGAUACUUCAAAGUUACAACAACAUCUUGUAGCAUUAAAGACGAAUACAAGUAAUCAUCCUAAUGAUACUUAUUUGAUAAAGACAUUUAUGAAACAGUAUGAUAAGUGCAUGGCAUCACAACAGAGUGGACGUGCAAAGGCGUUGUUGGCAUUGACUGUCAUGGUAGUGACAUCGCUAGAUUAUACAUUGGAGCAGUUUGAGAAUAUAGUGCCAAACAAGUAUCAACGUUUAGUGUUGGAGGAGUUGAACGAGUCAUUCAUAAGCGUCACACAUCAUCAUACAUCAACAUCGGACGCGGAGAGUACGUCACCUCCGACGACGACGACGUCGUACCAUCAAUCAUUCGAACCAUAUCUACAUCGAUGGAUCAUUAGAGGCGUGAUCAAGGGCACGCCACUCAAGUAUCUAUUGCCACAGUCAUCGAUUGUGGCUGUUGCCAAUGGUUCAACGUCUCCGCCACAGCAGCCACCCCCUUCCUCGACAACGACGCCACCGGGCUCUCCAUCGUCCCCACCACCAACACCUCCACAGUUCAUGGCCAAUCAGACUGCGGCAGCCUCGAGCACACAGACGGCGGAACAGGCCAACCUUCAGGCGGGCGCGCCACUCAAUGAUAUGUUGGACAAGUCGACCGAAUACCUAAUCAACUGGGUCAAGCAAUGGCGCACCACUCAACAACUAUCAGUCGCUCACAUCAUGAUUGAGCUUGGCGAGUUGUCGUUCUACCGCAACGACUACAUUGAAGCGCGUCAAUACUUCAACGAAGCGCACACCUACACCAAUGAUCCCAAGACUAUCCCAGACUUCAAGGACUCUGACAGGAUACAAGCAUUCCUUAUUGCAUGUGACUCGAUGGAUAUGUAUAAGAAGGCGACACCAGCAUCAACACCUCAUAUACGAGCGUCGUCAACACCUCAGAGUAGGUUGGAGAUUGCACUGGCAGAGGGCGAUCACAAGUCAAUACUUCAAAUAUUGUUCAUCGAUAUAUAUGACCAAUCCUCAACCAUUGACAAUCAGUUGAGGGCCAACCUGUUACAUGACCCACUGCUCCCCGUAUCCAUUCAACGCAAAUUACGAUGCUACAACUUCUUAAAGCUGACUGUACAUGGAGAACUGGAUAAUGCAAGGACUUGUGUGGACUGCGAUGUUGAAAGCAUUGACUUCUUAUUUAUGACGGUGGUGGCAUUGUUGGAGACGACAAUGGAUAACAUUGGCCGUUCAAGAUUGGAGUUUAUGUUGAAUUGGCUAGGACUUGAUCUGGUCAACAAUGGCACCUACUACUGGGACACAUUCAAAUCCAAAGUACCAUCACUCAAACUUUAUAACAAAGAUAUUGCCCCUGUUGUAUCAAUUAGACACGACAUUUCACAUACCAAUGGACAACAUGUUAGCAUGGAUGAGGACGACGACAAGGAACAACACACCAACAACAACAGCCUGAUGUAUCAUUAUAGCCAAUUCAUGAUGGAGAGACGAGUCGAUCGAUUGAAGACCUUGCUCCAAGCACUUGUAAAUAGACAUGCAUUCACCAGCCUGCAAGUGGAUACGCUUAUAUCCCGACGAGGCAACGCAGCCCUGGCCGCAGGCGACAUUGAACUGGCCAACAGCCUGAGCAGUCUGCGGCCUCAGCAAACAGCGACGACGACGCACCUCGAGUUCCACCAGCUGCUCACCAAGCUCAGCGCCAACGAUCACCAAGUGGGUGACAACGAACUGUCGACACUGUUGCAAAAGAUUGGACAGGUGCCAAGUUAUGCUCAUCUGUUGGCCAUCCUCUCGACGCUGUGCAACCAACGCCAAUGGCAACAUGUGUUGUCGGCCUGCGAGCAACUCAAGAUUGCCCAAGCUUCAGUUGCUCCACAACACACUGAUGUACAACUCAUUGAUACUGCGGCGUCUUUGGCAACGUUGGCAUCAAAGUUGACUGAAGCCGGGUUCAUCAAUGACUCAGACUCCUCCUCGAUGGACAUGGACAUUGAUCAUGAUCGUGAUCAGAACACAGUGAUUGGUGAGGUUGGAGAUUCACUACAAUCAUUCAUUACAAAGGCACAACGAGCCAAACAGUGGAGUUAUCAUGCCGACUAUCUUGAUGGCUGCCAUCUGACCACAGAGACCAACAAGUACAGUCUACUGGACUGCAUCACAGACGUUUCAUUGUUAGAGGUCAUCGUCCAAUUGCUCAUUGGCUCAUUGGUUAGGAUACAGAGAGUGAACAAUAACCAGAAUGAGAUCAACAUUGACUAUUAUGGCAAGGCCGCGAUGGCCAUGUCCCGUGCAUUUGUCAUUCCACAAACAUCCAAUGGGGAUAACCUGGAGUUCAUCAUUAUCGAACUACUAAUGAACACUUUGAUGAAGCUCAGUGUGCGAUCGCUGCAGCUUCAACAACCAUCUAGCCCGAACAAUAAGGUCCGCGACUCGUAUAAUGGCCACAGCUUCUGCGCAUUGGGCGAGGUAUACUUUGAAGCCAAACGAUUCGGGGAUGCACUGCGCUUCUAUCUAUUGGGAAUGGCAGUCGAGACAUCAUUCUUUGCAAACAAUACGCGCACGACAGAGUUGACACCAGAGAUCGAGAAGCUAAUACCAAGGAUGAUGCAGUGUCUUCAAUCAUUACAUUGUCCAGCGCAAGCCGUGGUACUGAGCCAGUUCAUGCCGACCAAUAGCCAGACCUACAGCAACGUGUUCCGAAUCAUUCAAGAAGAGUUCAACAAGCUUGACACCAUCUACUUCCAAUACGUCUGGGACACUGCCAUCCUAGAGAUACUGAUCAACAUAUCACAUCGUGUGAAGGAUCACAAGAAGUCAUCAAUGCUUACACAACUGAUAUCGACUCCAAUGUUGAAUGAGUUCAAUCCAAUUGAGAUCAAGUCAACAUUCAUCAAGAAUACCAAGAACAACUUCUGGAAGAUGCUGUCUAAAGAGUUCUUGUUGUCAUGA